UCUCUUCCCUCGCCUCACACUACUCUGUUUCCUCUCUAUUUGCAUUUUGCCAUGCCAGUCCCUUUCUAUCUUCCGAACUAACCUGUCAUACUUCUCACGCUUAUGACGAAUUCUAGUCCCAAAAUGUUUCAUUAUUUUGACAUUAUGUGCGUGUAUUUCAAGUGGAGCAGUGCCGUUUUAAUUAGUUAAUUUGGUGUAUGUGGAAUACAGAUAUUAAGAUGUGAAUAUGAUGAUUCGAGUGAAUAGUGUGAGUGUAUAGACUAUAUAGUUAUCACAUUAAUACGUGAUACUCACUGUACCGAACUGUAUAAAAGUGAAGAAUUCGCAAACAUAGUUUUAUGUUCCGAGUGGCAUGAGGAGGUUGUUGCGCAGGCGCAAAAGCUUUGUAGCGUCAACCGUGAUUAUGGGACGCUUUGGCAAAUCAACGCAAAGUGUAACUAGACCAAUAUUUCGGGUUCAAUAUUGUACACUGGUGGAUGAUUAUAGGAGUCCGCAACAGAAACAGUUGAAAUUCAUGCCGACUCUACCGAAUUAUAUGUCAAACUGCUGCUGCCAUUGGAGUCAUGCCCAAAGGCUUGAAACAUUGAAUUCAAUAUCGGGAUUCAGACCAGUAUAUACAUUGGCAAACGUUCUAGGAUCGAUACCGAAUCAACGUGAAAAGGAUAUAUCUCAACAAAGUUCGCCGAGCAGUGAUGAGAGAAAUUCUCCUACUGAACAAAACUCCAAUGAGAAAUUGGGCGACAAAUCUCCUUUGAUAACACGACUGACUAUGGGUCUGGCUAGUGGCGUCUUGGGUAUCAAUGGUGCGGAUGAUAGUCGUCUGCUAGUGAGUAGCAGCAGUGCAUCAACGAGUCCAUAUAAUCGGCCAUACUCCGGUGGUUACAUUAACGAAGCCAUCAUCGAAUCAGAAAACAUCAGAACAUCAUAUAAUCAGUUACGCCCGUUUGACCGCAUCGAUAAUAUCAUCAAUGCACCUGCGGUUGUGAAGAAAUCUAAUAUGGACACUAACAGAAUGGGUAAUACCUCGUUGGAUUCUGUGAACCUAAAUGGCUUUCAAGCCAAGAGAGGACCGCAGAUAAUGACAUCAAGCAUUUCUGUUCAUGGAGAUACCGGGAUUCACGGUUCAACACCUACACCACCCCCACUUCCAGAGAGAACAGACAGCCUGAAUAAUCGUAGUGAAGAAAAUGCAUUGCGGAAAGCUCCAUGGUUUCAACCUGGCAUACCUAGGGAAAUAACUCUGGAAGUAUUGAGUCAAGAGCCGCAAGGUACUUUUAUGGUUCGCGAGAGUACGAGUAAACCUGGCUGUUAUGCUCUAUCACUGCGUGUACCCCAGGAGUUCCAACCCAGUGGAAUUGCGCAUUAUUUAAUCAUGCGGACACAUAAGGGCUACAAGAUGAAGCGCUUUCUGCCAGAGCUGGGAUGUUGAGAUCGUUGUCGGCCACGUUGAUAAACUGAAAAAACGAGGGAGGAUGCGUUCAGCAACACUUCACUGCACUGUACACUGUUAUCUGGGGUCUCUAGAGUACCACCGUCUUACUAGCGAAUGGCCAAUCACGAUUAUGUAUUACACUACAGUACACUACACUGCGCGCUGCCAACUGAGCGGCUCAAGUGUAACCCUUUAGUUGAAGGUGUUAUGCCCUAUCGAGUCACUCGUAGGGGAGUGGCGCCAUUAACGAAUAUUUGCGCCAAGUUUUAAAAACGUGGAAUUCCUUAGCCGCUAAACCUCUAAUGAGGACUCUAUUGAUGUCAACUGGUUGAAAUGAAAUAGUUGGAUUUAGAUGGUGUAAAUAAAAUCAAUCCAAACAGCAGUGCUUAGGAGAGCACGUAACACACACUUUAUUGAAUAACUUUUAAAUCUUAAAUUGAGUCAUGAAUUAUUAAUAAACAUUCAGAAAAACUAACAAACAAAACUAGACUGUGAAAUUCGGCGGUUAACUAUUUGAAGAGAGAAGCGGCACAGAAACAAGUUUAAAUCGAAUGCUUUAAUCGUUAUGCGUGACGGUUUUUCCCACACUGGUGGUGUUGUUUUCAUUGUUCAUUGUCCAUUGUAUCUACUUUUUCUGCGUAUUUCGACACUGAUUAAAAUAUAAAAAUUAAGAUUAAUUUAAAUUUCGCGGACUAAGAUUAAUCAUAUAUAGUGACAUCUACUGGCUAUCAAGCUCAGGACAUCACAAUGGACAUAAUAAAAACUCGAGAAAUGUCCAUGAUAGCUCGUUGCUAUGCGCAUAUCUUCGUUAAUAUUCAAUAAAUAAAUCUGAUAAUUGGAUCAGGGGAAAGCUGAUACGCGAUUUAUAUUACGUAACUAAGGCCACUUUUCGUCUAAAUUAUCGCGUAAGUUUAUUAAGUAAGAAAAAGGGACUGGAGGUAGUGGAAGGGGAAGUUGUGUGGUGUAUAGAUACUUGAUAGCUUUCGGCGAUCUUUCGCGUAUGAAACGUGUACUUGGCCGAUACGCUACCGCGUAUCUCGAUACAUUCUAUUGGAAUAUAGGUUUUAAAACUAAAUUAAAUAACACCUUUUUAUUUAUAAAAACUUUAAUUUGUUUAAAAGAGAGAGAAAAUUCAGCCAAUUCUCCAGCAAAGAAUUCGAGAACAUUCAAACUGAGGAAUUCGUCUCGAACCUUCCAAAUCCUUGGGUUGCUAAUCCCAUCAAAACAACCCUUGGGUAUAUAAAGAGAUCCAAAAACAGAUAUAAUCUCAGUCUCAAUCAGUCUGCUCUGUCUCAAUUCAGUCUCUAUCAGUCUAGAAUAGCUCAACGAUCAACAGUGAAUACGCAAUAAGUAAUUCUCGAUAGAAUAUUCGCAAAUUGAAAUCGGACUCAACUUAUCAAAAUAUAGUGUUCUCCAUAAUUAUCAAAUUGUACAUCACCAAUUGGAGCCUAUCGCGAUGAUAACUAGCUAUUACGUUUAGUUAUUGAGAUUUAAACAGUUUCUCUCAAGGUCCUAUAGAUGGAUCAAAAACUACCACCCGUUUAGAUUCGUCUACUCAACGGACGUUUCUGAACACCAGUUCAUCUACAGCGUUGACGAAUAACAGACGUUCAAGUGUUUGUAGUUAUCUCUCAAUUAACUAUCUCAAAGAAAGCCUCAAUUUUCAAUCGCGUAUGUAAACUCUAUAAAGGUCUUAGUACAUCACCAGCAGUGCGUGAAUUGAAAUUAACAAGCUUUAAUUGUAAAAUUCUCUCAAAGACGCGAGGUUACGCCUCAAAUUAUUUAUAAUAAAUUAAACAGUGCAUCCCCCAACAGUCUAACGUGUCUCGUGUC